UCAACCUGCUCCAGUAUCAGUUAGCCGUCCGUUUGUCCGUCGCACAGGUGUGUGUCAACUCCCCCUUUUGUGUCAAAUACCGAAACCUCCAGACGAAAAACUAAACAGGUAGUGACUGGGAUAUUGCCCCUGGACAAUUUUUUGGCAUUGUAAAGGAAAAGAAAAGGCUGAGCUAACGGUCCUAGCGUCAACAUGUUAGCCGCUGUAGCAGACAGGUGCAUUUGAGACGUUAACGGUUGGCCUCGUCUCAUGGGAUAUAAACUGUAUUUACAGCUUCGGAAAUCAGGGUUCAUCUUCACACGAAGGUACCUGGAAUAAAAAGUGUCAGAAGUCUGCUGUCUACAAAGAGACGAGUUCUACACCAGGAAGACUGCAGUCUCCUCUCCCUCUCCGGUUUUUACCUGCCUACAUCUUCCCCUUGUCUAUUCUCACUUUUCACCCUUCUGUCCGCCUUUGUCCAUCCUCAUCCUCUGUGGGCUCAUAGCCUGGAUACUGACAUGGCUUCGGCUCAGUCAGAUCAGUCCAGGGUCUUGCAGGAGGAGCUCACCUGCCCGGUCUGCCUGGACUUGUACCGUGACCCUUAUCUGCUUCCAUGUGGCCACAAUUUCUGUAAGACCUGCCUGGACCGUUUAAAGCGACAGUCAGAGCGGGGUCGCCUCCGCUGCCCAGAGUGCCGCGACAGCCACAGGAGUGGCAUCAACUUUCAGAAAAAUUUCAAACUAGCCAACAUUGCUGAUGAUUACCGCCACCGGCGCAGAACUACCACUGCAGCCGCCGCAGCGUUGAAAUCCAAAGAACUGCUCUUGUCUUCUGUGGCGGCGCAGCAAGCCAGAAGUAUUUCUUCUGUUCCCUGUGACUACUGCCCCUCAGUGGCUGCUGAGGCCCCAGGCCCCAGCACUGCUGGAGACGGGCCCUCUGAUGCUUCUGUUUCUCAGGAAGCGGGUGAUAACCUGGAAGUAGCUGCUUCAACGUCUACGUAUGCAGUCAAGACCUGCCUGAAGUGUGAGGUGUCCAUGUGUCAGGAGCAUGUGAAGCCACAUCUGGAACUGCCGGCGUUCAGAGAGCAUCCGCUGACUGAACCGAUGAGCGACUUCUGGAAGAGGAAGUGCCCCGAUCAUGAUGAGAUAUACAGGUAUUACUGCAUGGACGACAAGGUCUGUGUGUGCAACGCCUGCACCAUUGAAGGAGGUCACCUAGGACACACCAUCAAGACUCUGAAGAACACCAUGAAAGAUCUGAAGGGCACACUGGAUAAGCAGCUGUAUAGAGUGGAGAGGAAGUACAGCAUGGCUGAGAGAAAGCUGCAGGAGCAGAAGGAGAAGGAGAGGCAGAAUAAGAAGUUCCUUGACGACUCAGAGCAGGGUCUGAAUCGACUCGGAGACCAGCUGAAGGCCAAAGUCGUCGGCUUCGUCUCCCGGCUGCGGGAAUGCACUCGCACUCACUGCGACACCAACGGGCCAGCCAUUCAGAAAAACAUAACGAGAAUCUGCCAAGACCAGGCCCGUCUGCAGGAGGUUCGCUGUGGCAUCGAGAGCCUCAUGCAGGAGAACGACCCUUUCCGCUUCAUCGAGGCUUACAAGACAACAGGAAAACAGUGUCGUCGGCAGCUGAGAAAAAACAUGUUCUACCCAGAGUACGUUGACAUGGAGACUGAGGUUCUUGGUGUGAUGAUGGAAGAAGAAAUGAGGAAAUUUCUCGGUGAAGAGCUCCCGUGUCACAUCGUAGCCGCCAUCAGCACCCUGUGUCAACUUUCAGAUCUUGAAGAGGAGGAGGUGGAGCAGGAGGAAAACGAGGAGGAGGCCGUGGAGGAGGACGAUGACGAUGAUGAUGAUGACCUGGAUGACAGCAGCGUGGAGGAGAUGAGAAGCGAGGGGGAGGAAGAAGACGAGGAGGACGACGAAGAUGAAGUUCAGGACCAGAGCGAGCUGGCCGAUGAUCUUUACAGUCCGGGGGAGGAGGAGGAGGAAGAAGGGGAGGAAGACGACGAUGAGGAUGAAGACGAGGAGGACGAAGAGGAGCGAGGGGUUUGAUGGAGGACUGAACAUUUGUUUCUAAAACUAUUAAAGCACUUUGGACCUGAUCUGCGUGACAGAUGUUACUGAUGUUGCACCAUCUCCUCUUUGAAUGUCUCUGUGCAGUUACAGACUCGAGCAGCUAACACGUUUUGCCUCAAACCGUUGAGAAAAGUCAGACUGGACGAUGACGUAAACUCAGCUGGACUUUAAACUAACAUGCACUGAGAAUCUGCCUAUGUGAAUCUAAUGCUUAACCCUUGUCACAUACUGCUAAACCUCAUUAAGGUGCUUUAUAUUUGAAGACCUUGCUGUACAGUCAUGAAUGUGAAUGUAAAACGACAGAAUGUGGCUGGAAGGACUCAAAUACUUCAAACUCAAUUUGGCAAAACCUCUGCAUGUCUGUGAGGACAGAUUUUCUACCACUUUGCUAAAUAUUUUACAUCUUUUAUCUGAGGAAUUUCCCUAAGUAAUAUUUACAAAUUUGAGCUGAUUUUUUGAGGAAAUUUGCCUGAUUUUUGAUACAACAGGUGCUACGCAGAGAGAAGCUUCUAAUCUUAUCCUCAAAAUAUUCAACAACAUAUUUAAAAUCCUUGAGUUCCCUGGUUAUCACCACCAUAGUGAACCUUUUGAUAGGAUUAAUAUGUUAUAAACUGGCCAAUAUGAAAGAGAGCCAACUCACAUAGUUACAAUUUCAGUGAAUGAGCCUGUUUAUAGACUUUUUUAAUGCUAGAGUUCAACAUCGCAAGCCAAAGAGUAAGGAUGUGUGCGUGCAUGGAUGAUUUAAACAAUAGUUUGCUUGGCAUGAUGCUAGAAAAACAAAUGCAAUGCAUCUGAACCAUCGUGACAGACUACCUUUGCUUUUCAUAGUUGCGCUUUAAAAGUAGCUAAUACAUUAUUUAAAAGAAAUGUUAAAUAUUCCUAUGCACACUUCAUACAUUAUUCUUAAAUAUCAGUUUCAGGUGAUGGGACAUUUUGCACUUUACUAGAAAAAGAAAACAUGCUAUGUUAGAACUGAUAUAUUUGAAUGUUAAAGGGUGAUUAUUUUGAUACAAGUGAUUUUGAGAGGGGCCAAACUGGAAAAAACUGAUAAAAAUGAUAAAUAAAUGAUA